AUGGAAAUGCACGGCGCGGACAACCCACCAACGCCUCCCACGCAGCCUUCCAUCGCCGAGCAAAGCAGCGGGAAUUCACGGCGAAGGUAUACAAAGAAAAAGCGAUGUGCACGGCGAGAUAAACGCGAGAAAGUGCUGGCAUUGGCUGGGAAUUCUGUGAAGAAGGUUGCGACUAUGCGUAGACUGAAAUCCCAGAAGGUGGCCGUAAACAUUGAUGUAGGUUCAAGCGGCCAUGCAUCCACCGGCUACAUUGGACUGCACAAUCCUAUCAGCGAGCCUCACAGGCAUAUCCUCAACCUCCAGGCGGAGGGAUUCACACUUCUACCAUGGAAUCAAAGGGAUGGGUUUACACUCAUCGACUUGCAGGGCCACAUCAUUGGCGGCGGUGCCUCCCCCAGAGACCCGACAUGGGCCCAAGUUGCAUUGGAUGCCUCUAAUGCCGUGAAGCAGGCACGCAACAUUGCUCGGUUCUCCGAUAAGCAGAAGCAGCAUAGGCGAGGAUGUUUUCCUGCGAUGGCCACUGGGAUAUCCUAUGGGGGUGGCCAGACUCAGCCGAUGACUUUGAGGAGCUCUCCUGAAAAUGCUGCGGCUAUGGGGCUUUUGAUGGGUAGCCCUUCAAUCCGACGCAUCACCGGUCUUCAGUCCAAACUACUUCAUACGAUUGUUCCUAGGCUAGGUGCAUACUACAGAGAUACUCUGGACGCCCUUGUUGCGUCCAAUUCAGGGCUCGCACGAAAUUUUCGAAAUAGCGACUUCGCCUGUAUGACAGCCAACUUUGGGCCAAAUACGAUUACUAUUGAUCACACCGACUUUGCAAACCUCGCGACGGGUUUGUGUGCAAUUACUUCCCUUGGCAGUUUUGAUUCCAACAUCGGCAGCCAUCUAAUUCUUUGGAAUCUCAAGUUGAUUAUUGAGUUCCCUCCUGGGGCAACGAUCCUCAUCCCGUCCGCCCUGCUUAGGCACUCCAACGCCCCAAUUCAAAGUGGGGAGCAACGGUUUUCGUUGACCCAGUACUCAGCGGGAGGCCUAUUUCGCUGGGUGGAGAACGGAUUCUGCAAAAAUAGAGAUCGCCGUCCUCCCAGGAAGGAGCCUGAGCAAGAUGACAACGGGUGA